GCCAUUCACAAGGACUACUAUUCAUAAGGACCGCUAUCCAUAACGCGAGACUAAAUGAAUAGCGAUCUUUUCUAAAUAGCGAGCAGACCCCUUUGAUUUCUAUGAUAUUCUUUCCCCACUAACAUAAAAAAGCUCACAACUAACCGGGCAACCAACUUACUUUUCAACUUUUCUCAGAUUUCAACCUUCUCUAACUUUAAAGUCAAAACAAUGUCUGGAAAGAAUUUGAAGAUUUACUUUGGCCGCAGCAUCAGGGGCGGCCAGAAGGGGGAGGACGCUAGGGUUUUCAGCAUGCUCGUCAAAGAACUCAUGAAGUAUGGGAAAGUCCUAACCGAAAAAUUCGGCGACGAUCAGGCAAUACAGAAAGAGGAUGCAGUUACGUCUGAUAAAGCAAUUUACCAAGCCGACCUCACACUAAUUGACCAAUCAGACGUAAUGGUAGCAGAAGUUAGCAAUCCUUCCCUCGGUGUUGGCUACGAGAUUGGAAGGGCCCACGAUGGGAACAAGAAGAUCUUAUGUCUUUACCGGCCCAAGGAUGCACCCAAAAAACUUUCUGCAAUGAUUCGUGGAGCAGAUGGUAUCAAUAAUCUCACCGUCAGGGACUAUGAGGAAUCAGCCAUACCAAGCAUACUGUCGGACUACUUCGGAUAGGCAUGUUGCGUCAUUUCGAUAAAUCCAACUAUAACCUGCGCUAAUUAAGUCUGAGGAGGUACUAGGUGCAAACGUCGGUGAUUUAAAGCAGUGUUAGCGCUCUUCAUUUUGCAUUCAAUUCUCGAAUGAUAUCAUUCUUAAAUGGCGCUCCGAUGGCUGUCGCUGACGCAGCCUUGCGCCAGCAAAAUGGCGCCUCGUGUGCAACAGACAUGAAGGUGAUUAUAAUCAUUGACUGUAAUGCCUGUCGCAUAUAAGGCGUAAGUUUGCUGACGCUGGACUACGUCAUCAGAGUAGAACAGACAUGCAGUAUGAGAGUAACAUCAUACCAUGGUCAUGGUCGCUGGCUUUCUUAGCGCAUUGACAUACUGACGUAAUCAAAAUGACGCUUUAUGUUCAACUUGUAUGUUCCGUCGUCAACGUCGUCAACAAAUUCUUCUCUUUAUAAUCAUAUAUAUUUCAACGCGUGGGUUUUGUUUUCAUUAUAUUAUGUACUUCUAGAUAUAUACGCCUGUCUCUAUUUACGUUGCCAUAAUUGCUCUUCCGCCUUUCUGUUUGUCUGUUAUGAAUUAAUAGUGGAAUUACCUUUACAUUUAAUAGAUAACGCACAGUAUAGUAAACCGUUGCAUAUGUGUGAAUGCAAUUAUGCAGCUAUCAAUAUGAGUUAUGCUACCGAUCAUUCAAAUUAUUGUUGUUUCAUAAUAUUAGUAAAUGUUGAUAUUUUUUUCAAAUGAGUUAUGCAAUACAAAAAAACAGGGAGGAUAAGAUGGUUUUAUUUAUUCAUUUAUUUAUUGCUUUAUUGAGAGAGGGUUACAUGGUCAGGUACAAAACGGUUUUCCAACAACAUUUUAUUCAGUUUAGUUAUCCAAUAAUAAAGGGGACCAGACGUGGCAACUUUUGAUAUCAUAUUCAAAUUCGAUAUGACAUGAAGAAAGAGGGGGUCGAAAUGGUUUAAUUUGUUCUUUCACUUGUAUUUGCAAAACUUCGUUCCAGUGAGACUUUGGACUGUUUUGCUUCUCUACGAUCUUGCGCCUGUUGCAUUGACAACAGGCGAAUACCUUUCAGUGCAAAUGUUAUGUGCAUUGUUUACUGUUUUUGUACUCUGCAGUAUCUGUAGAGUACAAGUUGAGCCACUUUUUCUUCUUUUUUCCCCCUUUAAAUAAAUCUCCCCCGUCGCUCUGAGUACGAUCGUUGCUCCCCCCCC